AUGUUCAUCUACGAGAGUACCGCUGUGGAGAAGACCGUCGCAGCUAUGCCGUACCCAAACAUAGCAGUCAGCACGGAGGCUCACCGUUACUCGCACUCCCCACCUGUGCGUCGGGAUACGCGACAGUACAUAGAUGAUUGCAGCCAAGUUUUCAAUGGCCCAAGGACUCAGUUAAGUCUCAUAUCCACCGCUGUUUCUUCCCUUGGAGAGAUUUUUCCAGCAGAUCUACCCUACAACAAUUCGACGUACUCUAUGGAGUUCUUCGCUCCUAUUGUCAAGUGUGAGAUCGCCAACAUCACAGUGGCGAAGCAAAUCAGUGACUACCUUCAAGAGGAAGAAGUACAGAUCUCACACCAAAACAACAAGGACAUUGAUGAUGGCCCCUACAACCCCGUACUUGACGCUUUAUUGGAUGGCAAUUUGGAUGAGAUCAAUGAUAUCAUCGACUUUCUCAAGGUCCCCUAUGACCUCACUAAGGCUAUGGAGGAUUCUAAUGAAGUCUCCAGCUUUGGCUCACUGUGGCAGACUAUUGUCAAUCUGCAAAUGCUGUGGGAGCACUAUAACACGGCAAUGGAGAGGUUUAGCAACUCUGAUAAGUGCUACUUGAAAUCAGCUAUCAGCUAUGGCCUGGAGAAGCUCAACACCUAUUGGGGGUAA